AUGGCAGGGAAUUCCCGGCCGUCUUGUACACGAAAAGUUAUCAUGCGACCACCCUCAAGACCCUCUUCAUCUCAUCGAUAUGAGCCUUCUGGAUCAUCAACAAUUGUGGAACCUUCAUCCUCAGCCGUCAACAUGUGCAGCGGGGUGAAACGAAAAGAAAGGGACUUUGAAAUUGACGAUGAAUCGACAAACAUCAAUGUAGUUGUGAGAUGCAGAGGGAGGAAUGAACGUGAAGUAAGAGAAAAUAGUGGUGUUGUCCUUUCAACGGAGGGAGUAAAAGGUAAAACUCUAGAGCUAGGCAUGGGACCGAAUGCCUUAAGUAACAAGACGUAUCAUUUCGAUAAAGUAUUCUCUUCAGCUGCAGAUCAAGCCAUGAUAUAUGAUGACGUGGUGACUCCAAUACUAGAUGAGAUGCUUUCUGGGUAUAACUGUACCAUCUUCGCAUACGGCCAAACUGGUACUGGCAAGACUUACACUAUGUCGGGUGAUAUGAACGAGACAUGCGGAAUUCUUUCUGAUUCAGCAGGACUCAUUCCCCGCGCACUCCAGGCGCUUUUCACAAACCUAGAAAUGAACGAUUCUGAAUGGUCGGUGAAAUGUUCUUUCAUAGAAUUAUAUAAUGAAGAGCUUCGCGACUUGAUAUCACCAGAAGAUAAUGUGAAGCUAAAGAUUUAUGACGAUAAUAAUAACAAGAAAGGACAAUCCAGCACAAUCGUGCAGGGAAUGGAUGAAUCUCAUAUCAAGAGUGCUGCAGAAGGUAUAAGAUUAUUACAAGCUGGCAGCCAUAAACGUCAGGUAGCUGCCACCAAAUGCAAUGACUUGAGUUCUCGAGGCCAUACUAUAUUUACAGUUACAGCGUACGUAAAGCGUACUGCCGAUAGCGGCGAAGAUUAUAUCAGUGCAGGAAAAUUAAAUCUUGUGGACCUUGCCGGCAGCGAAAAUAUUCAACGGAGUGGUGCUGAGAACAAGAGAGCUGCAGAGGCUGGGCUCAUCAAUAAAAGUCUACUAACCCUAGGAAGAGUAAUCAAUGCACUAGUUGACAAAAGUUCUCACAUACCUUACAGAGAGUCAAAGUUGACAAGAUUACUUCAAGAUUCUUUGGGAGGAAGAACUAAAACCUGCAUAAUAGCGACCGUAUCACCUGCCAAAAGUAACUUGGAAGAGACUAUUUCUACUCUAGAUUAUGCUUUUCGGGCUAAAAAUAUAAGAAACAAACCACAAAUUAAUCAGAUGAUUAACAAAAAAACACUUCUCAAGGAGUUCACUGUGGAAAUUGAGAAGCUCAAAACUGAGCUCAUAGCAACGCGACAGCGUAACGGCGUUUAUUUGUCUAACGAAAACUAUGAAGAAAUCACCACACAAAGUGAAUCCAGGAGAAUCCUCAGCGAAGAACAAGCAGCUAAGAUUGAGACAAUGGAAAUGAAUCUCCGUAAUAAAGUACAAGAGCUUUAUUCUCUAACAACAAGUUUUAUGUCUCUUAAAAAAGAUAAUGAGUCUACGAAAACUUUGCUCGAGGAGACAAACACACUUCUUGAACAAACAGAGAUCGUUCUUGCUGCAACCCGUCAAAGUCUAACUGACGAGAGUAAAAUACGUAAAGCUCAUCAGUUGACGGAACAGAAGCUAAGCAAGAUAGGAAGUAAGCUAAUAUCCACUUUAACUCAGACCGUCGAGGAUAUAGGCGGUCUACAUGCAAAAAAUGGUAGGAAGGCCGGUCAAGAAUUCCUCAAUCAAAACACCUGGUGCUUUGCUCAAGCAGAGGUUUCAGAGAUUACCAAUCUAGUCGAGUCUAAAACUGAAGAAUUAGGUAUCCGGCAUCAAGAAUUAAUUGAUAGAAUGUCGACAAGUAUGCAAUCUUUCAUUUCGAAUGAGCUUUUAAAUCUCUCAGCUAAUCAGUUUCAACUUCAAAAAAAUGUUGCUACAGUUCGAAGCUCAGAAAAAGAAAUGCUGAAAAAGACUGAAUCUUCGACUGAACAGAUGAACGGAGUCUUAGAGGAUGUAGAUAAUAUGCGCCUUAACGCAAGUAAUCAUGUCUAUGAAGGCUUUCAUGGAUUAUCUAUAACGGCGGAGCGCAUAUCCAACGAAGUGGCAAAACAGCUCAGUGGCUUUCACACCCAGCUUCAAGAUUCAUACAUUUUACUAGGGAAGAACUUUAGCUCAAUUUUUGAAAAUAUUCUCCAAAAUAUGAAACAACUAACCGUCGAAGCCAGCUCUUUACGAUCAAGCUUAGCAUCGGCAAACGAACUUAUUACAGAGACAAGUCAUGCAGCCUCCUUGAUGCUGGAAAAUAUAUUACAAGAAGAACGUGAUCAAGCUAGUUCCGACCGACAGAAGCUUCUUGAUAAGAUUACGGCACUUAUCACGGUACAAAGCGAAACACAAGAAGCACGCAUUACCACUAAAAUCAGUGAGGUACAAAGAGAAAUGAAAAUCUCGAAGGAAAUAUUCGAGACGGAAAAAUCAAAAUGUGAACAGAAUAUGGAUGCAUGGAGUCACAAGGAACGUAAUUUACAAGAGGAAAUAGUUCUUUCUAGAGAAAUAUUAAAAGAUCAAAUUGAUCGAGAAUGGGCGGUCGCAGACGACCAAAGCGCACGCCUUCAGAUCACAGCAAAGUCUGUUCAUGAAGAAACAAUCAGAAACGUUGACGCUCAACUAAAGGAUAUCGAGCAUCAGAUGUGUGCUUUAGGUGAUUUCGUCACUCGGGCCAAAUCAAUUAAUAUAGAACACCACGACCAUCACGUUAAUUCAUUGCAAGAUCUUGCUAACAAUGUACAAACAUCUAACUCGAGUGUCAACAGACAUAUGAUAUCUUCAUACGAAAGAUCACGUGACAUGAUUCUCGCUUUUACUGAGCAAACAUAUCUAGCGCAACAAUGCUUAGAACCAUUAGAUUCCGCCGUAAACAAACCACUCUCACAGCUCCGACAAACAAUCAAUAGUCUACAGCUUCAACAAUAUCAACCCACCGGCCAAACACCCCAGAAAACCCACUACGAUUAUCCUACGAAAUUGCCUAGAACGGAUGACUACAAGUCACUGUUGGCUCCCGUGGAAAGUUCUGAUGAAUAUUUUGACUUUGUCACAUCUCCUGUACCUGAAAAUAAUCGCAUAUUUGAAGACCUGCCCUGUCUAGAUGAAGAAUUUCAGGAGUCACACCCUCGAAACUCUAAACGACUUCAAGAAGCCCACAUCCAUCGGUCAUCAUCUAUCCUAAAACCUGGCUUAAGGGAAAUUGAUUCAAACAUAUCCAACCCAACUUUUAGUAUCCGCAACUUAAACGAUCAGCUUACGACAAUUCCAAAAUCUAAAAGGUUAGUUCGUCGUAAAGGGACGGCUAAGGAUCUGGGUAAAUUGCCUGUUCUAAUGGCCAAAAAAACAAUAGCCGUGUCGGAAGAAAGUGAAAAUUUGCCACCAAAUGAGUCAAUUCUAGCACUUCAAGGGACAGGUAGACGGAGAAGUCGCCGAAUAGCAUACUAG